AUGUACGAGGAGAUGCCUUGUUUCGAUCCGGCGGAGAGAAACUUCUCUCAACUCCAACCACCACCACAACCACCGCAAAUUCUGGUCGCCGGAAGCACAAGCAACAGCAACUGCAGCCUUGAUGUGGAAGAGUUCCAUCUCAGCCCACAAGACUAUCCUCAAACCUCUUCAACACCACUUCAAUUUCACAUCAACCCUCCUCCUUGUGACAAUCAGUUCCAAAGCAACAACAUCAAUCUGAUUCAUCAGAUGUCUCAUAACCAACAACAACACUCUAACUGGGAGAAUGGCUAUCAACAUCUCAUCAACUCAUGUCCUAACUCUUCACCAACUCCAGACUUGCUUAGUCUCCUACACUUGCCUCUUCCCAACUCAUCAAUCUCCUUCUCAGAUUCCUCUGCUGUCAUGUACGACCCACUCUUCCAUCUGAACUUCCCUUUGCAGCCACUAGACCAUAACCAGCAAAGAGACAGUCCUUGUUUACUAGGAGUUGAAGAACAGAUUCAGAUGUAUUACGAACCAGGACACAACAACAACAACGGUGGUGGGUUUGAGAGUGGAGCUUUCGAGUUUGGUAAUAACCGUAGAGGAAGAGGUUCAAGAAAGUCAAGAACUCUCCCUACAGAACGUGAGAGAAGAGUUCACUUCAGUGAUCGCUUCUCCGACCUCAAGAACCUCAUUCCAAAUCCCACUAAGAGUGAUAGAGCUUCCAUCGUUGGAGAGGCAAUAGAUUACAUCAAGGAGCUGUUAAGGACAAUAGAGGAGUUUAAGAUGCUUGUGGAGAAGAAAAAGUUUGGGAAAUUCAGGACCAAGAAGAGAGCUAAAACUAGUGGAGAACAAGACACUGUGAGUCACAGACCACAGAGCGAAGUAGACCAGUCUUGUUUCAACAAGAACAAAUCACUGAGAUGUUCUUGGCUGAAGAGGAAAUCUAAAGUCACUGAGGUGGAUGUACGCAUAAUAGAUGAUGAAGUGACCAUCAAGGUUGUUCAGAAGAAGAAGAUUAACUGUUUGUUGUUCACAACUAAAGUUCUUGAUCAGCUUAAGCUUGAUCUCCACCAUGUUGCAGGAGGACAGAUUGGUGAGCAUUACAGCUUCUUGUUCAACACUAAGAUUUGUGAAGGAUCUUGUGUGUAUGCAAGUGGAAUUGCAGACACAGUGAUGGAGGUUGUGGAGAAACAGUACAUGGAAGCGGUUCCUACCAACGGCUACUGA